AUGAUGGAAUUGCGCUACUCUCCGUACCAGCGGAAGAAAAGCUCGAGAAAGGCGAAAGCAACAACUGAAACUGGUGUACGAUCCCGUCAUGAAGUGCUUCAUUGGACUCCAGACGAAGAUUCCUUGCUUCGUGAUGGCGUUUGUCAGUUUGGGGGCAAAAACUGGAAAGCAAUCUCGGGUCGCAUUGAGCGUCGGUCGUCAGAGGAGUGUAGUAAGCGAUGGGCCACCCUACAAGGUCUUGACACUGUCGUGAAGCGACCUUGGAGUGAAGAAGAGGACAUGAAAAUGCUGCACCUGGUGGGAAAAUAUGGAGCAAGCAAAUGGUCUGUAAUUGCUUCAUACCUGAAAGACCGAAAUGGAAAACAAUGCCGCGAAAGAUGGCACAAUCAGUUGAAUCCAGCUAUCAAGAAAACGCCUUGGACCGAGGAGGAGGAUGCGAUUAUCCUGCGUUUGCAGGCGCAACUUGGCAAUUGCUGGGCGAAGAUUACUGCUGCGUUGCCAGGCAGAACGGAUAACAGCGUGAAGAACCAUUGGCACUCUUCGCUAAGGACGUUAGGGAAGUCCGCGGGUGGCAGUGACGCAUCUUCGCAAAGACAUUUAGCAAACCCCAAGCGUUGCAAGUCGAAGAAGAAACCCCGCAAGGCGAAGACAACGAAAAAGGAGCAGGAAAAGUUGCGAAGCGAUGGUCUUGCUGCUUGUGAUCAUGUUGCGCGUGAUGCAGCUCCGGCUUGUGCUACGGACGAUGUGGCGGCUACGAUUGAAGCUCAUGUGACUCCUUCUGAUACUUCGCCUACGAUCUUGCCUGCUGAUUCUUUCGCGAGUCCAGUUGUUGGUUGUGCUGGUGCUAUGGUUGCUCCUGGUGAUGACUAUGGGCUUCUCUCUCCUGAAUCCGUAUCAGAUGUGAAUAAUUUUGACCUGUACAUGUACUCGUGUGCCCAAACGAUUAAGGAAGAUGUGAUAAAAGCACAAGCUGUGAUCGACAACAUCUUGGAUCCAAUGGGAAUGGGUGGAUAUAGUGGCAACAGUUCGACUCAACAGUGUGGUCCAGAUCCAUGCGGUGAUGAGAAGAUAUUGAGCCAGUCUUUUCAGCAUUCGCUGGCAACGUGGCACGCAAAUGACGAUAACUUUUGUCGCUCUGCAAGCAGUGAUUUGUUGUCAGACCCCACGUCGGCGGCGCAACCUUCUUUUGGUCUGGAUGAGCUGAUAUUGGACUCACUGCAUGAUGUAUGUGGUGGCGAGUUGCAGGCUAAAACGGAUUCGAUUUCAAACGCACCUUCAGGUGUAGUUGCCCAAGCAAAUCAGCGUUCGAUGAACGCGACAGAGUGGGGAACGUGUAAUACGUCGUCAUCUCCUACUGUUGAUACGGCAGGCUCGACGUUUGCAUCCACUCCUACGUACAUGACGCCGAAUUUGUCGCCUAUCGAUGAGACAAUCGAUCAGAUAGACGACACGUUAUUUCUGAUCAAGGAUGAACCGACAGUUAAUGUCGACGAGACGUUGUUCCUGCCCAAGGAAGAAGUACUAAGUGAUUCCAUGACGUGUAUGGUACCAAGUGUGGAGUUCAACUUCUCGGAGGGAAUUCCUGGUGGUGCUACAUUUUCAUCCCUGCUCGACGUGGAAAUGUAA